AACGUUUUUAGUGGUGUGGCUAAUGUAUAGUGGGCGGGCUAUUAUGCUGCAAUGUUAAAGCAACACUCAGGAAAAUAAACGCCUGGAUUCACCGUGCCAUUCAAUCGAAUGCAUGUCUGACUGUACACUUAAUUUUAUCACGUUACAGGUCUGGCCAGGAGAAUAAGUAAUCAAACGACGAAUUGUUAGCAGUGAUCCAGUAUGGCAGAAGCUCAUCAGGCUGUGGCCUUUCAGUUCACCGUUGGCCCUGAUGGCAUUGACCUUCAGCUCAGUCAUGAGGCUCUUCGGCAGGUCUACCUCUCUGGACUUCACUCCUGGAAGAAGAAAUUCAUUCGCUUUAAGAAUGGGAUUUUGAAUGGGGUGUACCCAGGGAGCGCACCUGGGUUCAUGCUGGUUUUGGCAGGGUACUUGGGAAGAGCGCAUUAUUUAAAAGUGGACCCUUCCUUAGGCUUGGUCGCCAAACUUGUCAAACAUGUCCCGGUCAGCAGUAGGUAUAUGUCUGCACAGAAGCAGAUGUUAGUUGGGGGUGUCAUGGUGGGAACGGGUCUGUGGAUUGCUAUCAUAUUUUGCAUGAGGACUGUCCUGAAGGGUCUGCUGUCCUGGCAUGGCUGGAUGUAUAGUGCCCGAGGCAAAAUGACCUGGAAACUUAAAAUAUGGCUUGUGCUAGUGAAGAUUUUUUCUGGCAUGCAAAGACCAAUGCUAAACAGCUUCCAGACAUCGCUCCCUAAUUUACCUUUGCCAUCUGUGAAGGACACCAUGAGAAGAUAUCUUGAAUCAGUCCGGCCACUGCUGAGCGAUGAGGAACACCAAAGAAUGCAGAGUCUUGCACUUGACUUUGAGAAGAACCUUGGACCAAAGCUUCAGUGGUACCUCAAACUGAAGUCUUGGUGGGCCACCAAUUAUGUCAGUGACUGGUGGGAAGAAUAUAUCUACUUGAGAGGUCGUGGUCCAAUCAUGGUUAACAGCAACUACUAUGUAAUGGACUUUCUUUAUGCCUUCCCCACACAUCUACAAGCAGCAAGAGCCGGCAACGUCAUACAUGCAAUCAUGCUUUACAGAGGGAUGCUGGACCGUGCUCAAAUCAAGCCGCUAAUGCUUCAAAACACCAUCCCCAUGUGCUCGUCCCAGUAUGAGCGCAUGUUCAACACCAGUCGCAUCCCAGGCAUAGAAACAGACUCCGUUAAGCAUAGGUCUGACAGCAGGCAUAUUGUGGUGUAUCAUCGGGGUCGUUACUUUAAAGUAUGGUUGUUUUAUGAUGGGCGGUUGCUGUUGCCACGAGAGAUAGAGCAGCAGAUGGAGAGGAUCCUGGCUGACACGUCAGAGCCACAGCCUGGAGAGGAAACCCUCGCCGCCCUCACCGCAGGGGACAGAGUGCCUUGGGCAUGUGCCCGUAAUGCCUACCUCACACACGGGAAGAACAAGAAGUCUCUCGAUGCUGUUGAGAAGGCUGCUUUCUUUGUUACACUGGAUGACACAGAGUAGCGCUAUGAUCCAGAAAACCCUGUGGAGUCCUUGGACCGUUAUGCUAAAUCGCUGCUCCAUGGGAAGUGUUAUGACAGGUGGUUUGAUAAGUCCAUAAACUUCAUUGUCUUCAAAAAUGGAACAAUGGGUCUUAAUGCAGAACACAGUUGGGCUGAUGCUCCAGUCGUUGGCCACCUCUGGGAGUUUGCGCUCUCGAUGGACCCUGUUAAGCUGGGCUACACAAAAGAUGGCCACUGUAAAGGAGAACCUCACCCUAAUCUGCCCGGACCUCAAAGACUCCAGUGGAAUAUCCCAUCUGAGUGCCAAACUAUGAUUGCCAACUCUCUGUCUGUGGCCAAGGCUUUGGCUGAUGAUGUGGACUCUCACAUCAUCCCCUUUAGUGAUUUUGGAAAGGGCCUGAUCAAGCAGUGCAGGACCAGUCCAGAUGCCUUCAUCCAGCUCGCACUGCAGCUGGCCCAUUAUAGGGACAAAGGAAAAUUCUGCUUGACUUAUGAGGCAUCCAUGACACGUUUAUUCAGAGAAGGCCGUACAGAAACUGUGCGCUCCUGCACCGUGGAGUCCUGUGCUUUUGUCCAUGCCAUGGCCAACAACGAGACGAGAGAAGAAAAACUUCGUUUACUGAGUAAGGCCUCUGAGAAACACCAGCAGAUGUACAGAAAGGCAAUGACUGGUCAUGGCAUUGACCGCCAUCUCUUUUGCCUCUACGUUGUGUCUAAGUACCUUGGACAGGACUCCCCUUUCCUCCAAGAGGUUCUGUCAGAGCCUUGGAAACUCUCCACCAGUCAGACUCCCCUACAGCAGGUGGAGCUGUUUGACCUGACGAGACACCCAGAGUAUGUGACCAGUGGGGGAGGCUUUGGACCGGUUGCAGAUGAUGGUUAUGGUGUGGCCUAUGUGAUUAUUGGAGAAAAACUCAUCAAUUUCCACAUCUCUUCCAAACGUUCCAGUCUAGAGACCGACUCUCAUCGCUUUGGAAACAAUAUCAGAAAAGCAAUGCUUGAUAUGCUGGAUCUGUUUCAGCUUGACAAAAGAGACCCAAAAUGAUUUGACUGGUGAAAGGAUUGUGCUUUUAAUGACUAACCUUAAAUAAGAGAAGUGUGAUUUAUUUUUUUUAUUUUUUUUUUUGCUUUACCACUGUUGUCCUGUUUGUUUGCAUGUGUCUGUGAGAUGCAGCUUUUGUAGGAGAGAAUUAGGGAGGCAGUGUGAGAAUCUCAUUCUGUUGUUAUAUGUGCUGGUGCCUUAACACGUGUCUUAACUGAACAGUUCAGUGCAUGUGAUCUAAAGUUAAACUGCAUUUCAUUACCAGGAUGUGCUUUCACUUUUCGCUUGCAGUAUAUACGUUACUGAGAUGUACAAAUUCUUUGACUGACACUUGAAUAGAUGACAUUCUGUUGACUAGAUGUCAAGGAGCAUAUAGUAAUUUGCUUGCCUGAAGUGUUAAGCUUAUAAAUCGAGUAAAUUGCAGCUCUUUAUUUUUGCUUUUGCUUUGCAUUCUUAUAUUUGCAGUUUUUCAUUUUCAAUAUUAAGUAAUGAAUAGAAAGAGGAGAUUAAGCAGAUGUUAAGUUUCUGAAUACCCCAUGUGUACACUCAUUUAUAAUGGAUUUUGCUUGACCAGCCUGUUUGUAUUGGUUUGUGUGUGUUGAUUCAGCAUCAUUUGAAAGGUGUUUUUUAAUUGGUUAAUGCUUAUCAGAGGCUUUAUCACAAUAACUGUAUAUUUGUUUUUAUUUGAUUUCAUUUAUUUUUCUUCCAUCAUAUUUUAUGUUCCUUCUGACUGUUAUAUACUGUAUUGGUUUUGAAAAAUGUUAAAUAUUUCUGGAAAAAAAAUCUCAUGUAUUCUAAAACAUUAUUUUAUUAAGCAUUAAACUAAAAAAAAAAAUAUUCACAGUUCUUCAUGACUAGUAGUCUGUAAUAAAGUAGGAUUGCAUAAACAUAAACAUAAUUGAUUUCUAAUAAGUUUUAACCACAUUUACUCUUAAAAUUUUAUCUUUACCUCAAUGUCGGAGCACAAAACAGCUUUUCCCAAUUUUCUUUUUUCCAUAGAUAUAGUCAAACUAAAUGCUCAAAUGUAGUGUUUUUAUAUAGGCCAGAGUCCAGUCAUUGACCUAUUCAAGGCAUCUCUUCUAAGUAGGCUGCAUAAAUUGAACUGUGUUCCCGUUUAAACUGUUUGACAUUGGUCCACAACAUACAGAGAAAUGUGGUUGAGCCUUUUUCUUUCCUGUAAAUAAGUUAGUAAAACUUUAGAACAAAAUCUCCUAAUAAUUCUGUAUAUUGUCAAGUCAUAUAUGUAUUAAUAUAGCACUUUUUACAAUACAGAUUGUUUCAAAGCAGCUUUUCAGAGAUAACAGAAAAAUAAUGCAACAAAGUUUGUUUCCAGAAGAGUAAGUUCAGUGAUGUUUCAUUUUAGUUGUAGAAAAGUCUGGAGAAACCCAUGAUGUCAUCAUCCAGUUCAGUUCUCGUAUAAUAGUGUCAAUGCAGGCAGAUCAAUAUUAUUGUUGAAUAUUAAAUUAAAUGUUACAUUUAAUGUCCCCAACUAAGCAGCCUCACUUUAUAUUUGGUAUCUUUAAUCACUUUAAAGAAACACCAAGUAACUUUACCUCUGCAGUUGCCCUACAGGUUGGAUGCGGAAUUGUCCAUUACCGCUUUCGUAAAUAAUUUAGUAAAAUAAUUUACUGUCACACAUGCAUGCUUGCCGUUUAUCCAGCAACGGCUUUGAACAAUUGCCAUCAGAAUCAACAGUUGCCACAGACACUUUGAGGAAGUGGUGGGGGAAGUGACGUAUACUGUAAAGCAGUCGAAUUUUGUAGUUCUAUUUGUGCUUCGGUUACUACCCGAAACCCAAUGUCACAAAGUGCAAGUAAAAGCGAUACAGACCACGUCAGGCUAUGGCAGACAUGUCAUUUAAACUAUUAAGUCAAUGUACCAUCACAAGGGUCCUGGAAAUAUAUUAUGAAGAAUGAAAAACUACAUAGUGUUUCUUUAAUGUGCUUGUCAAAAAAAUAAAAUAAAACUAUUUGUUAGGUA